AAACAUUUAUUAUUGUUGAAAUUAUACAUCCAUUACAUAAAUAUUAAAAUUGCGCCCUUGUAAACGUAAGCUUAAUGUAUAUAAUUAAUGGCCAAAUGAUUUGUUAACUUUUAUUUACCUGCCCGGCAAUUUGCCGGUUAAAAUAAAGGGAACAUUAAUGGGCGAUGAUAUAAAUAGCGGCGCAAAAUUCAGGAGGGCAAUGGGCAGAACGCCGGCCAGUAAAUUCAAUUGUCGCUCAUUAUUAUCCGUUUUACGGUGAAGCCGAAAUGAAUCAUUAAAUAACAAGUUUUAACGCAUUUCCGAGAUCGUGAUUGUACGUUGACCCACAGUGCGAGUUGGAUAAUCGUGACCAUCGACGGAAUAUCCCAAUUACAUCAGAGCGUCGCACGACUUCGCCACAGAUAAAGUCCGCCGCGGCCUCUCAAAAUAUACAGUUAACACAAACGCGGUCCGCCAGAACUUCUUCUCUCUGCGUUCGCUCCGCGUAUUUUCAUCGCGGUUGUCUUCGACGUCCAUUCGGAGGCCACACGGGUAUUAUACAUACAAUCAAGUGUCGAAAAUGGAGUGCGGAUGUGCAAAUUAUGUGGGUCCAUCCCUGGCCAAUUCAUGCGGGGGUGGUGCCUUUGUACUAUUCAUGACACUGUUGGACAGUUUUAUCACAAACAAAUGCGACCUGUCGGAAAUCUGUCAGAGGGUACGACCGAGGCUUCAGCCGGACGCCGAAUACGAUUUUGUGGUGAUCGGGGGCGGAAGUGGAGGUGCCACUGCAGCCGGUAAACUAUCCGAACAAUCGCAAUGGAAGGUGUUGUUGCUGGAAGCGGGCGGCGAUGAGCCGCCAGGUUCUCAAGUACCGUCCAUGGUCAUCAGCUAUCACAACAACCCUCACAUGGACUGGAACUAUAAAACUGAGCCAGAACCGGUGGGCUGCCAGGGAUACCCAGAAAAAAGGUGCGCCUGGCCCAGGGGCAAAGUACUAGGUGGGUGCAGCGUGAUAAACGGCAUGAUGUACAUGAGGGGCACCCCCAAGGACUACGACAACUGGGCGCAAGCCGGGAACGAGGGCUGGAGCUAUCAAGAAUUGCUGCCCGAGUUCAAGCGCAUGGAAGACAACAAGGAAAUCGGCGGUUUGGUGGAAGCUAAGUACCAUGGAAAGGGGGGACCGCUUACCACGAAACGUUUCAACGAUCAGCCUGAGUUGGCGUAUGAUAUUUUGGAAGCGGCCAAGGAGCUUCAGUAUCCCGUUGUCAAGGAUUUAAAUGGGCGCGACUUUUCUGGAUUCACCAUCGCCCAAUCUAACACCAGAGAUGGUGCCAGAUUAAGCAGCGCCCGUGCAUAUGUAAGACCUAACAGAAACCGCCCAAAUUUCCACGUCAUGUUGAAUUCCACAGCGUCAAAGAUUGUUGUGAGGCAGAACGGCAAUCAGAAAACCGUGGAGGCUGUCGAAUUUAUUUACAAUAACAAAAUGUACUCGGUAAAAGUAAAAAAAGAGGUUGUUUUGGCUGCCGGUGCAAUAAACACGCCACAAAUACUGCUACUAUCUGGUAUCGGGCCAAAAGCUGAACUGGACAAAGUAGGAAUUAAGCAAGAGCACGAACUGCCCGGCGUUGGCCGUAAUUUACAGAAUCACGUCGCCUUUUACAUCACCUAUCUGAUGAAGAAAGUAAAGGCCGUCAGCGACCUGGACUGGGCCAAUGCGCUGGACUACAUCCUCAACAGAAAGGGCCCAAUGUCUUCGACCGGAAUGUCUCAGGUCACGGCGAGGAUCUACUCCAAAUAUGCCGACCCCAAACAAAAUUAUCCCGACUUGCAAAUUUUCUUUGCCGGCUACCUGGCGAACUGUGCGCGUUCCGGGGAAGUUCGGGCGGCCGAAAAUCCGGAAAAACCUGAAACUCCACGCCAUCUGACGAUCUCACCGGUCACCCUGCAUCCCAAGAGCAAGGGCUACGUGACGUUGAAAUCGAAAAACCCUCUGGAGCCGCCUCUGAUGGUCGCCAAUUAUUUGACGGAACCGGAAGAUGCUAACGUCCUAGUUGAUGGUGUCAGAGUCAUACAACGGUUGAUGAACACCACCGUUCUGAGGAACAAAUACGGCCUGUAUCUGGAUAAGGAGGAGUACGGAGAUUGUGCCGCUAAAUUUGGCUAUGACACGGACGAUUUCUGGCAGUGCGCCGUGCGGUACUACACCGGACCGGAGAACCACCAAGCGUCCUCGUGCCGAAUGGGCCCCGCAUCGGAUCCCCUCGCCUGUGUGAACAACAAACUCGAGGUGUACGGCAUUUCGGGUCUGAGAAUCAUGGAUGCGUCCGUAAUGCCGUACCUAGUUUCCGGCAACACACACGCCACCAUUGUAUUAAUUGCUGAACGCGGUGUGGCUUUCAUAAAGCAGAAGUGGUUGCCCACCAACACAAUCGCCAACAGAUUCGGCUCCGGAACGGCCGAGACGAAACCCAAAGACAAACCAUUCACGAUAGUCCAAUCCAAACCAUACAGACCAGAUCAGCACUACCAGUUCCAACAGCCUCCGCCAUAUCACAACUUUAAUCAUAACGAGAACUGGCACAGGCAACAUCCCAACAUACCCGAUCCCUUCGCCGUCAACCAGAACAUCAAUUACCAGAACAUCAACAUUCGGCAAAACGCACGUAGUUAUCCCAAUAUCAAUCCGGAUUAUAACUACUGAAUUGCCCGAUGUCCAGUAUUGAUUUUCUAUACUUUACAUUAAAGCUUUAUUUAACUAGUUGUUGUUUACUCAAUAAAUUAUUAAUUUUU